GUUUGGAGUGAUAACUCGAGAGUGUCGGUUCGUUGAUUUCUAUCUUCUGUAAUCGCUGACAGCCCUCACUUCCUCGUCCUUAGGCAACAUGGACGCGAAAUCCUUAAUGAAGCGCAACUCGCCCAUCAGUGCCAGCCAAUUGCAUUAUUAUCACACCGAUUUCUAUUACUCAAUGCCGGAUCUGCACAAGAGCCGCAAAAUGCACGGCAUCAAGCGAGUGCUCGUCUUCUGCAUUAUGAUUGUGAUCUUGCCGGCGACACUGAUCAUAAUGCCUCUCUAUUUGCGUAAUACGGUAUUUGCGGAUGUCGUCUACCCGGUUGCGGAAUCGGACAUCAUUGAGAUCAGGGAUGGCAUCUCAUCGAUAUUCUGCGAGAAGCACACGCUGAAGAUGAACAGUCACUUCAAUGCGUUUCAGCUGCAGAAUAAGCCAGAGAUUUCCACAAGUCGCAAGCACAUUCGACUGAAGAAAUCAAUGACUCUGCCCGAUGACACGCUGGAGUACUGGGGAUUCUUUUUGCUGAAGGGUGCCAGGGUGUCGCUCAAGUUCUGCUCCCUCUACAAUGGAUCGCGUAUUCUGGUGGUCAAGGGGAAGCGCGAACUCAAGCUGUGCGGUCUGACGGAUCACAACAAGAACAAGCUGGGUGCCAACUAUGCUCAGGGUCACGAUCAGGUGAAGGUCUUCUUUGAGGAUGUGCUUGAGAUCACGGAGGAGAAACUGCCAGCCGAAGGAUUGCUGGAGCAUGAGAAUCAUGGUGGCGAGGAUCUCACCGAGGAUCACGUGCCGUUCAAUGUGACUGCAGACAAUGCGACCGCAGUCAAUGGGACCGCAGUCAAUGUGACCGCAGUCAAUGGGACCGCAGUCAAUGUGACCACAACGACCGCAUCGCCCGCCAAACUUUUCAGAAAGAAGCUGAAGAAGGGCUCGCGAUUCCAUCAACCACAUGUGAAGUCUGCGGAAGCCAUCGAGUUGAGCGACAACGCUACAGAGACAGCCAAUCUGCCAGCCAAUCGCCAUAGGCGACACAGUGUGUCCGCCCAUGAGCUGAAGAAGAAGCAACUGUACGAGCAGCUUUACAAGCGGAAGGAGCGCAAGAAGCGUGAGAACGUAUACGAUCGGAAAUACAGUCAUGGUGGCAAUGCUAUGAACUUUACAGAAACCGAUGAAUCCAAUUCCAUAUCAAGCUUUGAGACUGGUCUCUUCACCUGCUUCAAUGGUGCCAUUCUCCUGGCCGAGGGAUUUCCCCCCAAGUCGGCGUGCACGAAUCGUCAUUUUCUGGAAAAUGGCAAACAGGAUACGGUAUUGCAAAAUAUCACCGAGGAUGGCUAUUACUACUACAUUUUCUACAGUGACAACGAUUUAGUACGGAACGAUAUACACGCCAUAUUCGACAUAUAUAAGCCAACAUUUCAGUAUGCCAAUCCGAGUGAAUCGCGCAGCUGUCUGAAUAGCACCGACUGCACCUUCAAUAUUGGUUUCCUCUCGGACGAGAUCGUUGUUGUCGAGGUGCCCACAAGAGACGGCAUCGAGCACGAGGAGGAUGACAUCACAUAUCUCAUAUCGACCUGCCAUCCACGUAGUGCGAUCUAUGCUUUGUUCCCCAUCACGGUGUUGGUGCUGAUCUUGUCCUGCUCUUUCCUUUAGGAUCACAAUUGGUCACAAUAUUGGACUCUAGCAAUCAUGUGAUAUUCUUCUUUUUGAGAUAACUGAGUGAUAAACGUGAGCAUGAAUAACCCGAUGGCAGGCCCAAACAGAAACAAAAAUAAAUCACAAAAAUUCCAAACGUCCUGGCGAUUGUAUCACAAGAUCCUUUCUCCGAUCCUGAUCCUGGCAUCCAUUGUACCACAGUCUGAAACUAAAAACAAAUCACUGAAUAUUCAUAAACUGCGAGUACUCGUAACUAAAGUAUAAUUUUGUAAGCAAACAUUUACUCUAGUACUCAAGCAUUUAGACUAUAGUUACUAAAUAAGAUAAAAGAUACGACAUACUACAGACAUACAUACAUAUAAUACUAUGUACAAAUAACUAUAAUAUCAUAAGAUCAAAUUAAAAUUGUUUAGAAACGAUUAUAUAUAACUAUAUAAAAAAUGCAACAAAAAAAAUAUAUUUAUAUA